AAGAUGCUGCUGAAGAGGGUCAAAGGGGGUCACCUAGCUUGGACAAGCUUUAAUAAACCUUAACUGUUUCCUUUGUUCAGAGAGAGCUUUUGCCACGUCCCUGUAAGCAGAAAAAAUGGCAGAGAAUGAUGUUGAGAAUGAGCUGUUGGAUUAUGAAGAAGAUGACGAAAACCAGACCACAACAGAACCAGCAGCAACUCAAACUAAGAAAGAUGUGAAGGGUUCCUAUGUCUCCAUUCACAGCUCUGGCUUCAGAGAUUUUCUGCUCAAACCGGAGCUGCUGCGAGCCAUUGUGGACUGUGGCUUUGAGCACCCUUCCGAAGUUCAACAUGAGUGCAUUCCUCAGGCCAUUCUCGGGAUGGACAUCCUCUGUCAGGCCAAAUCUGGAAUGGGGAAGACUGCUGUAUUCGUUCUUGCUACUCUGCAGCAGUUGGAAGCUGUAGAUGGACAGGUGUCUGUUCUUGUCAUGUGUCAUACAAGAGAGCUGGCUUUCCAAAUCAGUAAAGAAUAUGAGAGAUUCUCAAAGUAUAUGCCAAACAUCAAGGCAGCUGUAUUCUUUGGGGGCUUGUCAAUCAAAAAGGACGAAGACAUCCUGAAGAAGAAUUGCCCUCAUAUUGUUGUGGGAACUCCGGGGCGGAUCCAGGCCCUUACACGUAACAAGUCACUCAAUCUAAAAUACGUCAAACACUUUGUCUUAGAUGAGUGUGACAAGAUGCUGGAGCAGCUUGAUAUGCGCAGGGAUGUCCAGGAUAUUUUCCGCUUGACUCCUCAUGAAAAGCAGGUUAUGAUGUUCAGCGCCACCUUAAGCAAGGAGAUCCGUCCCGUCUGUCGCAAGUUCAUGCAGGAUCCCAUGGAGGUGUUUGUUGAUGAUGAGACUAAGCUGACACUCCAUGGAUUGCAGCAAUAUUAUGUUAAACUAAAGGACAAUGAGAAGAAUCGCAAGCUGUUUGAUUUACUUGACGUCCUGGAGUUUAAUCAGGUGGUGAUCUUUGUGAAGUCAGUACAGCGCUGUGUGGCACUUGCACAACUACUAGUGGAGCAGAACUUCCCAGCUAUCGCUAUCCAUCGAGGCAUGGCACAGGAAGAAAGGUUGUCUCGUUAUCAGCAGUUCAAAGAUUUUCAGAGGCGUAUCUUGGUUGCAACAAAUCUGUUUGGUCGAGGUAUGGACAUUGAGCGAGUGAAUAUUGUUUUCAACUAUGACAUGCCUGAGGACUCUGACACAUACCUGCACAGGGUUGCUCGUGCUGGUAGGUUUGGGACAAAAGGUUUGGCAAUUACCUUUGUGUCCGAUGAAACAGACGCGAAAGUACUAAACGAUGUUCAGGAUCGGUUUGAGGUCAAUGUUGCCGAACUGCCGGAUGAAAUUGACAUUUCCACCUACAUUGAACAAAGCCGAUAAAGCCAGCACUUGGUGAGGUUACAGAACUGUCCCACAGAAAUUCACAGCAGUUAACAGAUGGGCAUCAGCGAUGCCUUUUACCUACAGAAGGGGAAGAAAUGACUUUUAAAAUUCCUUUUGUUGAAAUGUUUUUAAAAAUUGUUUCAAUUGAUACAACUUUUGUGUGGAAGAAAUGAAGCUUUUAUAAAACAUUGAAUCUGUUUAAAUUUGUUUGUACAUUGCUUUUUCCUGCCUGUCUUUACCGAAAGGUGGUCUGUUGGUUAAUAAAUCUGUUUUCAAAUA